AUGACAAGUGAAGGAACUAUUGAGCCAUCGAUUUGGACGACCGUGUCCUGUGUGAACCCCAGAGAGGCGCCACUUAUUGGCUCUGGUCAUGCCUGUGCCGUAUACAAAGGAUCGCUCUACAUUUUUGGAGAGCGUAAUCUUCCUGCUGUGCCGACUCGUAGUAGUUCGGUCAUUCGCCCAACGAACAACUUUGUCGAGUUUAAUUUUGCUCAAAAGGAGUGGUCCACGGUCUUGGCCAACGGUGUAGCUCCUAGUCAGCGCAAGAAUCAUUCUGCAAUUGUUCACAAGAACUCGUUCUAUGUCUUUGGUGGAUAUGAUGGUGACAAACGCUUGAACGACUUUUUCUCGUACAACUUUUUGACGCAUACGUGGACCAACGUGUUCGUCAAUGCUGGACAACAACCUACGCCGAGAUAUGGUCACGCCGCGGUCGUGUAUGAAAACGUCAUGUACAUCUUUGGUGGAAGUGACAGUCAUUACGACCGAGAUUCCAUGUCGAGUCGCAGCUCCAGUGAAUAUGGCAGAUCGGAUACCGGUCGCCCAAUGAACGACAUGCACUCGUUUAACUUGGAAACCAAUUCUUGGUCGUUGAUUCGUGCCACAGGAGAAGUGCCAUAUCCUCGAGAGGGAGCUUCGAUGAUUGUGUACAAACAGAAUUGCCUGUUAUUCGGAGGGUAUGACCACGAUUUGGGUUACCUCGACACUGUUCACGUUUUUAACUUCGAGACCAGCGUUUGGUCAAGUCUUGAAACAAAGGGAAUGGCACCGAAAGGCAGUCAUCAGCCUCUGGUAGCUUUACAUCACAAUUCUUUGAUUGUAUUUGGUGGAAAGUCAGACCCGAACGUGUACGAGCUCGAUCUUGAAACAUAUACCUGGGCAAUUGUUACCUGCACCGGUGCGGCUCCUGAGAGCAGUACACCUACUGGAUGCGUUCAUGAUGGCAACUUGGUCGUGUUGGGUGGAAACGAUGACUCAGUCAGAUUCAAACAGAUCCAUUUGCCAGAGAAGAAAGCGAAAACUAAGAGCCAGGAACCCGAUGAAGAGGGCACGGCGAUCGCCCACUUGCGCUCACUUGUCAACAACCGACUAAUGAGCGACGUGACUUUCCUCGUUGAAGGAACCCCGAUUUUCGGUCACAAGAAUCUAUGUGUGCGCUGUGACUACUUUAAAGCAAUGUUUUCUGGAGAGAUGUUGGAAAGCACAGCUCCCGAAGUGGAAAUCUCUGACGUCAGCCGAGCGACAUUUCUUUCCUUGCUAGAAUAUGUGUAUACCGAUCGGCUUAGUGUUGCGGACGAAGGUGUCCAGGAUGUGUUUGUUGCCGCAGACCGGUACGGCAUUGAAAGCCUCAAGCGACAUUGUGCUGAGAAACUUCAGCAUUUGGUUUGCGUCGACAAUGUCGCGAGCAUUCUUCAAACAGCUGAUCAGGUCAAUUUUGCUUCGUUACGAGACGAGUGCUUUGCUUUCACACUUCGAAACUUUGACACGGUAUCAAAAACACCGUCGUUCAAUGAAAUGGCUAGGACCAACAUUGAGUUAGCCUUGCAACUUUUGCAGCAGCGCUAA